AUGUCAGAAAAACUCAAGGAGAAAGGUAAUGAAGCAUUCAAGAAACAGGAGUUCAAAAAAGCCGCGAAAUUGUAUAGAGACUCUAUCAAAUUAGACCCACUGAACCCAGUAUUAUAUUCUAAUCGGUCCAUGUGUUUUGCCAAGCUUGAUGAUUGGACCAGAGUACUAGAGGAUUGUAAAAAAGGGAUUUCCUUGGCUACUGAUGCCAAUGAUGAGGAUGCCAUUAAGAAAACUUUGGUGAAGUUGUACUAUCGAAAAGGAUUGGCAGUGGUGAAUACCGGAGGAGAUUUACGAGACGCGGUCCAGGCGUGGAAUGAAGGAUUGAAGUUGGAUGGUGGUAAUAUUCUUAUAAAAAAAGAAUUGGCAAUAUACACAAAGAAUGAGGAUUCUAGCUUGAAGAAGCAAAAGAAGAAGAAAAAGGAAUCUGCUAAUAAGCAACAAGUAGAGGAUUCUGGUUUGAAAACCAUUGAGAUCAUUGAAGUGGAACAAUUACCUAAGGAAUUACAAGGAUUGAUUGACGGGAAAUCAAACAAGGAGGAUAACAGUAGCCAAUCGCUGGGUGAUGAUACAGUUCGUGAGGACUUUCAAAUUACAGAAGGGAACUUGCAAAUAGUAGAUGGUGGUAUUUUGAAUGAUGGCCAAUCUUCCAGCAAGAAAAUACAAAAAAUAGAAGAUAAUGGGAAGAAAAUACAGAUAAUAGAUGAUGAUGCUAAAAUGGUGAAUUCCCAGACACCACUAGUCAUGACUCAGAAAGAUAUGAAACUACCAGAUACCCCAACCCACUACUACUUGACCACCCUAAUGAAGAACCGGGCCAAUGCCACUGCAGUGUACGAGUAUCUCAUCAAUGGUAUCACUUGCGAACAAUAUACUUCGAUAUUUGAGAUUGCUGGGAUCGACAACGAGUUUUUCGAUUUUUUCCUCAUUGCGGCAACUUAUUGUCUUGUGAAUCAUAAAUGUGACGCCACAAGAGUUGGUAACUUGGUAAUGUGUUUGAGUAAUUUGAGAAGAUUUGAUCUUUGCAAGAUGUUUUGUGAUGAUAAGAAUUUGAAGAAAUUGUCGGAGCUUUUGCAUGCCCAGGGGCUUGAUAAACAACUUCUUUGA